UAUACCAUAAUCGUUUGUGUUUCUUAUGCUGCCCUGAUUUUCGUAACGCAGCAGAUGCUGUGGUUGCCGAUUUGCGAAUUCUGCGGUCAUCAUUUGCCCCCUAAAUAUCGUUGGAUCAUUUAUCCUUCCAUUCUAUUCAUCCAUCAUCUAUUGGAUCAAUCUAUCUUACUUGCCUACUCAGUAAUAAUAUUUGCGCACAUAUUCCCGAAAACAUCUAUUACGUCUUUUUGAUUAACGUGCUAUCAUCUCGCCUAUGCUAAAUGUUUCUAACUCCCGAGUCGUUUUUCGUCUGGCUGUUUCGUGUGAACUUGUAAGGAGAGAUGGCGAGCGUUAAAGUCGAACCCAGCGAACCAACCGCUGCUCCUUCGCCUUCUAAAGAGACACCUCAUUCUCAUCCUCGGCCACAACCACAUCCACAACCGCAACCUCAACCGCAACCCCAGGCACAAUCGAAGUCGCAGUCGCAAUCACAACCACACCCCCAAUCACAGCGGAGGUCUUCUGGAGCAAGUGUGAAGGAUUUUUAUGGAUAUCUUUUUCAUGAGGACAAGUCGCAAACUUACGUUCUUGAUGCGCUACUCCGCGCCAUCGGACUAUAUAUUUCCGCUCAUAUCGGCGAUGAGAAUGUCAGUGCACUGACUCCGAAGAAGCUAGCGGCCUUUUAUCGCGCCGUCGGCGGCGAUUACGAUCAACUCUUCAUACACUGUCCUGGUAAAUCCAUCUCUUAUAUCUGGCAAGCGCUAGGAGUUGAGCAUACCCUACAACCGACCGAGAAUCCUUACGAAGCGCCGUCUAUUCCCGCUUUAACUAUAAGAGGUUUUGUUCGAUGGGAGACAAUUCAGAUUCUCCUUGAACCUCAAGAGCAUGCGCCGUUUAUACAAUUCGCCGUGCGUAACUGGGCUUUGGUAAAUCCUGAUGAUGGGAAGCCUUUCCCAGUUGAUCUACCAAGGGAUGCUUUCCCAGCCCAAUGCGAUCCAGAGAUAGAUGCGUGGCAUAAAAAUUGCGCCAAAAAGUUGCGGGAUGAAGCCACUCCUAAAGAUGAGCAUCCGCCUUCCCGGCCUCCGUCCGAUCCGAGAAUCAAUAGCACAUACACGCAUGUACGCAACCCACCGAGCGCGGGUACGGGUACGGGCACGUCACCUCGGCGGAGACCAGAAAUGGAUUAUUUCCAGAGAGGACGGCCAGUGUCGUAUGCCCAUGUACCAGGCAGUCACUAUGCCGCUCCCGCUUUUACUGUCAAUUAUGCACCAGGACAGCGACGGGUGAGUACUAGCAAUAGCAGCAGUGGCUCACCGGGUAGUCCGCCUCGGCGACGAAGUCAAUCAGAUGUGCGUCACCCCGAGAUGGAGGAUCCCCGAACUUCGAGUCAUCUCAAUCCCCGUCGUCCGCCUGGUCCGCGCCGCCACAGUCAUUCAAAACCCUAUUCCCCUGACCCCUCGGAUUCCGAAUCGGAGAUGCCGCCUCGUGCUGGCUCUAAAUCCCGAGUGCACGGCCCCGUUCCGCCUUCGUCAUUCCGACGUAUGCCAGUUGCGGCCCCUAUAACGCCACCGAUUCCGGUACGGGUUCGCCGUAGCGAAAUUCGACCCGAUGACGUUCGUAGGAGGAGCUUGCCGGCAGAGAUAAGGCAGAAGGUUACUUCAUUUCUUUCAGGGUCGUCCGAUCGCCACCGGAGCAACUCUCGCGAAAAGCGACAUCCACCAAGUGUACAGUCGGGCGUACAUUUCCGGAGAGAGAAUUCCUCGCGCCUUAGCAGAAGCGGGUCCGGAGACUCGUAUCCCAGUGAUGAAUCAGACACAGGAAUACCGCCGGGGUAUCCUGCGCGACGCGAGCGCGAGCGUGAACGCGAACGAGUGAUACGUGAUAGGGUCAUCGAAAAGGAACAACGCCGGAGAGAACGGGAGAGGGAGGAAGAGCUGGAAAGGAAGGGCCGGCAUGAACGAGCGUAUCUGCGGCCAGCAGCGCCGAGAAGAUCUAGUAGCCAUACGGAUGUCGACCGAACCAGAGACUAUGGCUGGGAUCGCAGGGAUAGGGAUCGGUCUUCAGACCUAGAUCGGGACGGAAGGCGAGUUGUGACAGCUGACGAGAGGGAAAUACGGGACCGUAGGCGGUAUAAGGACCGAGGUUAUAGCCCUGCGGUAACUGGCGUCGGCGGAAGGAGAUACCCCCCGGAGCCAACUUGGAAAUCAUAAUUGGUAUAGUUAUUCGAAUGUUAGAUU